AUGUCCGAUGCUGACAUGAGUGGAAUCAAACGGGAGCUGAUCCUGCCCAGCCAGGCCUGGAAGAAGGCAAAGCCAUCGUCUCCUGCGAAGAGUUCGGCAGUCAAGGGGGGGGGGGCGCCCGUGCUCCGCACCCCGGAAAGCAAGUGUGCUUUCACGCCGGUGUUUACACCUACCCCUCCCAAACAACCAGCCAAAGCUUGCCCGCAUGUGGCAGUGAAGACAGAACUUCAACCGCCUGUGGCCGCAUGCCUUGCUGCAAGGCUUCGUGAAGUCUCUGCGCCAAAGCCAUCAGCCAAGAUGGAUCCCGAACGAGCAACCCCAAGCGCAGUGCCUCCUCGGGCCAUGGCACCAUGUGCACCCCCGCCAAAAGCAACCCCCAUUACACCAGUUCAUGUUGCCAGUCAAGCUUUUGGCAAUGUCAAGGCACCGCCUCCCAAGCCACCAGCCUCACUACCCAAAGCACCUUGCAAGAGUGAGGGCUCCACGGCACAGGCAAAGCACACUAUGGUUGAACCAAGCCCAACGGCACCACCUAGCAAGGCAAACCCGGGGCCACAGCCAUCACCAAGCCAGGCAAAGCCAUUGCCUCCAAGUGAGACCUUUCCAGUGGCAACGGUGAAGCACACUGUUGUUCAACCAGGGCCAACGGCACCACCUAGCAAGGCAAACCCAGGGCCACCAGGUGCAGCCACACCAAGCCCAGAGCCAUCACCAAGCAAGGCAACGCCAUUGCCUCCAAGUGAGACCUUUCCAGUGGCAACGGUGAAGCACGCUGUAGCCGAACGACACCCAGAGGCAUCACCGGGCAAGGCAAACCCAGUGCUGCCAGCUGCAGUCACACCAAGCCCAAUGCCACCACCUAGCGAGGCAAACCAAGUGCACCCGAGCCAUAACCUUCCAGCAACUCCUAGGUCUCCAGCAAACAUCAGUACAGUUGAAGCACAGCAGCCACCUCCGAGACCAGUGCUGGCACAGCCAAGUGUCGUCAUCGACUUGGACUUGACUGAUGAUGAAUCACAACAAGUGGCACCCACUCUGCCAGACUUUGAUGAGCACCAGUUCCAAGGAGAAAUUGAAAAGCUUUUGACCAGUGCAACGGCACCUGAACCAGUGCAGAAUGAAGAUCACCAGCAACAUCAGGAGCCGUGUCACCAGGCUGAAUCUGGCAGCCCUCCCUUGAAUGCACCUACCCCACCGCCAGCCAGCAUGGUGUCCGAAGAAGAACUCAAGGCAGAAGCCAUGAUUCGAUCACGGAUCAUGAAGAUGGAUGACAAAGAGUUCAAAAAGGCCAUGAGAGAUGCCCGGGGUAGUCCAUUAUUGGGAAGCUACAUCAAAAACAGCUUGGGCUUGACUGGUGAAGAGCUGAAAGAAUAUGUUUUUGGUGACUAUGAUGACAUGGAAGAACUGGUGGCUUUUUCCUUCUGGUUGCAUCAAGAGGAGCUCAAGACAGCACAGGCUGCUCCCGCUCCUGCACCAAAGGAUCCACAAGCAGCUCCACCGGUUGCAGCCGCUCCUCCAAAGCCUGAGGCUGUGCCAAAGUCCAUCCUUCGUGCACCCAAAGUCAGCUUUAAGGAGCCUGUCAUUGCUAAGGAGCCUGCAAACCCUCACACGGCUUCAAAGACUUCCAAGAAUGUUGGCACCGCCCCACCAGCCAUGAACAUUGUAGCUGCGCCUGUGAUUCCUGAAGACUACAACGAUCGCCAGAAGCACUAUGCCAAAAUGAAGAGGCAAUUGAAUUCAGAUGACCCGGAAGGUGAGUUCGGGAUUCCUGAUGACAUUGUGCAAGCUUGGAAAGCUGCAGUGCAAUCCAAGAGCAAGCAUGCAAAGACUCAUUUGUUCAAUGCUUUUCUCAAGUCUGGAAAGAACUGGGGGUAUGGUGACGGCCUCAAGAUCAAUCUCGCCGAUCCGGGCAAUGCAAACGAUGACAAGCCAAGGAAACACAAGAAGACACUCAGUUGGCGCACACGUGACCAGCUCAUGGCUCUUUACAACGGAAACAAGAACAUCGUGGAGCAAAUCAUAGACAGGAAACUGUCAAUGAAUGAGUACAAGGAACAUCCUGACUGUCCGGACGAUGAUGCAGCCAUCCUCUACUAUGUCAUGGUGGACAUUGAUACAGUCCAUGAGGAUGAGACAGCAGAGAGGAUUGAGGCAUCGAUGGACAUGUCAGCCAACAUGGGCAGUGAGGCGGCCCAGCAGCUUGGAAAUCCUGAUCUCACUGCGCAUCUGUUGCACAACACCUCGACGAUGCCGCGAAUUAUGCAGCUCAAGAGUCGGAAUACGAGCAACUGCCCUGGAAGUUCUUCGGACCUUGUCCCUGAGAGCCCCAUCGCUGCCCUGCAAGCAGUGGAGGCACAGAUUGCUGGUCGCGAUGCACGAGAAGUAGAAGAGUCUGUCGAGAACGCCGAACCCGGGAACCGUGAGACCGAUGACCAGAUGUACAACCAUGCUGCUGGCCGGGAGGAAUGGCAGUGGCUGUCGAUCCUCUACCCCGAUGACCUUGCAGAAGCUAUUUACGCACAGGGCGAAGACAUUUUUCGCAAGUGCAUGUUUGGCGAUGUUGAUGCCAUGUGUUCGAAGGAGCAUUUGUUUGGAUGGAGCGACAAAGGCUACUGCUACAUGUUCUCGUCAUUGCAAGGGGACUUGAAAUGGGUCCACGAGAAGUACGGGCUGCACAAUUUUAGAGCCAAUGCAUGUUGUAGCACAUGCGGUGCCUUGAAGACAGCUGAUGACUUGAGUAUGACCAUUGCAGAUUUCAGGCCAGGAGCUUCUCAUGUUGGAACAGAGCCAAACUUGGAUGAGUUCUAUGCUAUGGACCCUUGCAUCUUUGAGCUUGCCACACGGGACCGUGUACUGCAUGACUGUAUGCACAGUCAACUUUUGGGGACUGGCAAGGUCUGCAACGGCAGUGCAUUGAUAUACCUUGCUGAAUCUGGCUACUGGGGCGCUUUCCCAACUGGCCGCGGAGCAGGGAAAUACGAUGAUUGUUUGGAGACCUGUUUGAGAGCUGCGCACCGAGACUUUAUUUUUUGGAAAAAAGUGCGGAAGAUUCAGACUUCUCAAUCGAGAUUUACGCCAGCUCGUUGUGGGCGUAAAAACCGGCAGCAGUAUCCAGCGCUAAACAACAAGGCGGCAGCUUCAAAGGCUUGCACAAUGUGGUUGGCGGAGAGAACAUGUGAGUUUGCUGCACGGGCCGAUGCCACGGAGCAAGACCAACUUGUAUGCACAACUGUUCACAGCUAUGCCCUGGCCUUGCUCCUCAUGGAUGAGACAGAGCUGUUGAUGAGCGAGGAGCGCGCCACGAGGUUCUACAACCUCAUGAUGAGGCACUUGCAGACUCAUGCACUACUCAACAAGAGAUCCCGACUCUUGGUUGGAAAAGCUGUUGGCCGAAACAUGUGGCUCAUAAUGCCAAAGCACCACCACCUUUUCCAUGCAGCCCAUCGAGUGCUCACUGAGAGAGUGAAUCCUCGAGCCUGGGCACUGUUUGCCGGAGAAGAUUUUGUUGGGCGUGUGGCCCGUAUAGCCCGUGUUUGUCACAGGUUGACGGUCAGCCAGCGGACGUUGCAACGCUAUCUUGCACUGGUCUAUUUGGAGCUGCAGAACUUGAAGUCUUGA